CCUUUAUCCUUGGAGUCCGAAAGCUGGCAGGAAACCGGGAAUUACAAGGGACCUCCGACUGCUAACGGUAGCGAAUCCGCGAAUCUUUCCUUUAUUUGAUUCCGGAAUUAGAUAAAUGGAGCCGAAGCACCACGACGCCAAUUACGAUAUCCCGCACCGAGAGAGAGAGAGAUAGGGGGAAAGGUAAUAAAAUAAGGGAAUAUAGUAGUAAGAGAGACCGCGAAAGAGGUCGAUCGAGGGGAAGGGCUUCGGAUCUGAUGGUCGAUGUCGAGGAUGAAGCACCUCCUGAGAAAACUCCACAUCGGGGGAGGCGGCGGAGGAGGAGGCGGCGCCGGCCUCGAUCACCAGCACCGGCUCGGCGGUGAUCCAAGAACCGCCCCGUCCUCCUCGUCGUCCUCCGCAUGCCUCAUCUCCGCGCCGGCGUCCUCCUCGUCGUCCUCCCCCUCCCCCGUCUCCGCGCCGCCGUCCUCGUCCUCGUCCUCGUCCAGGAGGAGCGUUCAAGAAGCGGCGGAGCCCAGGGGGAUCGGGCCGCGAUGCGAUGGCCCGCCGGCGGCCGCGGCGGCCGGGGGUGAUUUCAGUCUCUUCGAGGAGGAGUACCAGGUGCAGCUCGCGCUGGCUAUCAGCGCGUCGGAUCCGGAUGGUCUCGAGGAUCCGGACUCGGUGCAGAUCAAGGCCGCGAAGAGGAUGAGUUUGGGGUGCUUGGUCGUGCCUGGAGGCGGCGGCAGCCGUGCAGGAGAUGAGAGCCCCAUGGAGUUCCUCUCUCGUCGGUACUGCACUUACAAUGUUGUAAACUACGAUGAGAAGUUGACUGAUGGGUUUUAUGAUGCAUAUGGAGUGAUCUCAAAUCCCAACUUACGAGAUAAGAUGCCUGCAUUGGUUGAUCUUCAAGCAACGUCAAUUACAGAUAACAUUGAUUAUGAGGUGGUUUUGGUGAAUCGAUCUGUAGAUCCUGAACUUCAGCAACUUGAGAGAAGAGCAGUCUCUAUUGCUUUGGAAAGCAAAUAUGAAGAACAUGAUCCAAUUGCUAGUGGAUUAAUACAAAAGAUUGCUGACCUUGUUGUUGACAGAAUGGGCGGCCCAGUUGGCGAUGCUGAGGGUUUGCUAAGAAGGUGGACUAUCAAGAGCUAUGAAUUGCGGACUUCUUCGAAUGCUAGUGUUCUUCUUCUUGGUUCAGUUGAAGUUGGAUUGUCACGUCACAGGGCCUUGCUCUUUAAGGUACUAGCCGAUAAGAUAAAUCUGGCUUGUAAGCUGGUGAAAGGAAGCUAUUACACUGGCAGUGAUGAAGGAGCUGUUAACUUGAUUAAAAUUGAUCAUGACAGGGAAUAUAUUGUUGAUCUUAUGGGAGCUCCAGGUACAUUAAUUCCUGUGGAGAAUCCCAGUGUUUAUCUUCAAACCUCUGGAAACUUUCUACUUAGCUCUGAUGCUAUUGAACAGACUUGCAAAGACUUACGCUUGGCCCUUGAUAAAGUUAGCUGUCAGUUUGAGAAGAAAAACAAUAUGUCAGAAGCAACUUCUUAUGAUAACAACUCUGUUUCAGGGCAUGUUGGUUUACAGCCAGAAGAGAAAUCAAGAGUUGGUUCUUCAUCAGAAGAUGUUUGUGUUAAUGUUCCUCAACAUAAUCAAAGUGAAAUAUCCAAAAAUGAAUUCGGGAAGCUUAGAUCUCAAGCAGACGCUUUAGGAACUAGAGAAGUCGUAUCACCUGCUCAGCAAAUGAAAGUUAAUGAUCUUUCCAAAUAUGUAGUCACUGCAGCAAGGAACCCAGAGUUUGCACAGAAAUUGCAUGCUGUUCUGUUGGAGAGUGGUGCAUCACCACCCCCAGAUUUGUUUUCUGAUCUAAAUUCUUCACAGGAUCAUGUGGAACAAAAGGACCUUGGGAAGAGCAUUUGCAUGGCGAGAACAGAGGGGGCAAAAGAAGAUCAAUUGCCUGAGGUAAAUUUGAUUUCACACUUCCAGCCUUCUCUUGCACACUAUUUGGAAGCAGAAUCUUCAAGGCAUUCUGAUGACAAAAGAAGGCAGCAUUGUUUUGUUGACGAAAUUACCCAUAAGCAAGGCAAAAACUCUAAUAUCGUUGCCAAUCCCAUUAGUAGUGGCGCAUCUUCACCUUGUGCAGCAGCCAAUGAAUGGUUGUUGGUAAAUGAUACUCAGGCUAAUGUAAGUACCAUAGAUGAUUCUUGGGCUAAAUGCACUGGUCCGGUUCCUGACACUGCAGUUGUACCUGUAGUUUCAUGCCAGAAACAAAUUAAUUUAUCUUCUGCACCAUAUGAAGCUGACUCAAGCCAAACAAAGUGUGCAAGUAACCUAAAACUGGCAGCUGGUAAACAAUGCUCUCAGGAAGAUGCAGGAAGAAUCAUACACAAUACAGACACACAGUGGAACAUUCCUUCUAAAGGUUGUCAAGAGAGUUUAGCUAUGGUCAAACUUUUUGGAAUGGAUAACACUGAUCAGCACAUAUUAAGUGGUCCUGAGAGUGAGAGGAUCAAACCAAUACUUGAUGGUGUUGCUGAAUGGGAGAUACCAUGGGAAGAUCUCCAGAUCGGGGAGCGAAUUGGUCUGGCUUUUCACAUUUCAGGUUCAUAUGGAGAGGUUUAUCGUGCAGAUUGGAAUGGCACUGAGGUCGCUGUUAAGAAAUUUUUGGACCAGGGUCUGUCAGGUGAUGCAUUAGAGCAAUUCAGAUGUGAGGUGAAAAUCAUGUCAAGACUGCGUCACCCGAAUGUUGUUCUUUUUAUGGGAGCUGUAACUCGUCCUCCUAACCUCUCAAUUAUGACAGAGUUUCUUCCAAGGGGGAGUUUAUAUAGGUUGCUGCAUCGCCUCAAUGUUCAACUUGAUGAAAAGCGACGAUUGAAAAUGGCGCUGGAUGUGGCCAAAGGGAUGAAUUACUUGCACACAAGCCACCCAACAAUUGUGCAUCGGGAUCUGAAGUCCCCAAAUCUUCUUGUUGAUAAAAAUUGGGUGGUCAAGGUCUGUGACUUUGGCUUGUCAAGAUUGAAGCAUCAUACAUUCUUGUCUUCGAAAUCAACAGCGGGAACACCAGAGUGGAUGGCACCAGAGGUCUUACGAAAUGAGCCAUCAAAUGAGAAGUGCGAUGUUUAUAGUUUUGGUGUCAUACUGUGGGAGUUAGCUACCUUGCGUAUGCCAUGGAGUGGAAUGAACCCAAUGCAAGUUGUUGGAGCUGUUGGGUUCCAAAAUAGACGCCUUGACAUACCAAAAGAGGUUGAUCCCGUGGUUGCACAAAUAAUAACUGAUUGUUGGGAAAGCGAACCAAGUAAACGUCCAUCUUUUGCGCAGCUUAUGUCACCUCUUAAGCAAUUGCAGAGGUUGGUUGUCACGGUCAAUUGAAGAUACAAAGACAUUGAUCAAAACAAAGAAUGGCAAGAGUCAUAGCUUGCCAUGUGUAUAUCAACAAUUUGUGUCCCUGCUGGAACAGCAGUGGCACAACUAGUUGUACAAUAUGUUUAUUCUAAGGACUCAAGAACUGUUCAAAGUGGAGAUUUAAUUAAGAGCUGCCAACAAAAAUGGUCCGAAGCUGUGCGAAGUGCGGCGGAAGAAGCAAGCAUGGGAGAACUCCUGAAGCAUGGGAGCAGUGCUAAAAGCACAGCACCAUAGUAUAUAAGUUUAUCUUUUUGUUUCAGAUUCAUAAAUCAAGGAAUCUGAGGAAUGUUGGAAUUGUAUACAUCGGAUGGAAUUGUCAUUAUUGUUGCCAUGACAGGAAAAGGAGGUACCGGAAAGAAAAUGUUAGGGAUGCACAAGCCGCUGUCCCUUAUUUACGCUCUUGAUAAGAUGAUUGUUGUGUCCUUGAACUGGCACUAUUUGUUCUAGAAACAUUUUAAAAAUAAUCAUGAAGAUGUUGGAAUCUCGGGAGCCCAACCUCACGAAAA